AUGGAGAGCCCUAAAGCUGUGAACCCUGCAAAUCGCAGAGCUGAACCACAAGCAUGGGCCAAUUUGUUUCAGCAGAACCGUGCAACCACUCAUGGAAUGACCCUCAGAUAUAUUCCACCUCAGAUUGUGGAUGGACAAUUAGUGCGUUAUAUUGCUCAACAUUGGAUUGAUAUUGCUGAAACAGACCUAUUCCUUCACGAUGAAGGUUAUUAUGUGAUCAAGUUUCAGUCAUUAGUAGACAUGCACAAAGUCUUCUAUCCUGGUCCUCACACUACCAGAAAUAGGCCAAUAAUUCUCAAGCCAUGGACACCAGAGUUUGACUUAAGCAAAGAGUUACUCACUGAUAUACCUCUAUGGGUAAUCUUCCCUAAACUACCCAUGAGUUGCUGGGGCAGUAAAGCACUGAGCAAAAUUGCUGGUGCAAUUGGGAAACCUCUAUUUGCUGAUGAGUGCACCACCAAACAAACAAGAAUCUCCUAUGCAAGAAUGCUAAUUGAAGUCAAUGUUACAAAAACUUUGCCUGCAGAGAUUACUGUUCUGAAUCCUAGAGGCAGGAAAUUUCAGCAAGAACUGGUAUAUGAACGGAAGCCAAAUUAUUGUGAUAAAUGUCAGACCAUUGGCCAUGUAUGCCACAAUCAACAAGGUCCUAGAGAGCAGUAG